AUACACGGUGCGACGCAAGCGCCAAUAUUUCCGUCGAACGCCGCCUGAGCUUGAUAUUUUUCCCCCAAAACUCAGUUGUUUUCUCAUAAGUUUCCCACACGGAAAGUGCGUCCAAAGUGGCGAUUGUACUUUGAUGUUGACAAUGAGCAUCGCGGGCGCGUAGGUGCGGUGGAAUUGAGUGCGUACGGUGGGUGCAAAGGGGCUCAGUGGUGAGCUAAUAAAAUUUCACAAUGUACUACGUUUGCGUUGAGUUUACAAAAUGGCGUCGAUUAACAAAAUCGACGACACUUCAGCUCCACUGAGUGACGGCCGGGAGUCCGGGCAGGAGCUACAGCACAUACCCACGUCCCAUCAGGCGGGGCUGAGUGGCCAUCGUGACGCGGGGAGUGCGUGCGUAUCGAACGGGGGCACCGUGUACGGUGGUGAGACUCCGCACAAGGUACAGCAGCACCAACAUGAGGGGCUGCUGCCCGUCGUGAGUGAGUGUGGUGGCAACAAGAGUGCAGCAGCUAGUGCGGCAAAUAACAAUAAUAACAAUACAAUCAACAAUUACACCGUGAGCGGUGGGAAGAAAGUGAACAGUGAGGCGGUGGUGUGCGAACAAGGGGGCCCCGUGCGUGUCGCGAAUCAGCCAGAGGGUCCGGCUGUGUCGAUUGUGUCGAAUAUGCCAAAGAAUAGCAAUGAGCCUGUGAAGGUUGUGUACCCCACGUCGGCGACCGUUGUCGGUGGUCUCGGUGGCCAAACCUCCGGCGCCCCCACCGUCCUUAAUAUGAACAAUCGUGUCACAUUCACGGGUCAAACAUUGCCGAACGGGACCAUAAGUCUGUCGCCAAUCACCACCACCCAGGCAACAAUUAUGCAGGCAACGGCCAACGCCAAGGCGCCCCAGACAACGCAGAACCAAUCCCAAGCAUCUCAGUCGCAGCAAUCGACGAUAGUUAUUAAGAAUCAGGGCACCAUGGCGCCCGGAAUUACCUCAGCGCCACCCGGAAUGGUCACAAUGACCAAGACAAUCAAUCAGGCCACAUCUCAGAAUAUUGUGGCAACACCAACAAUGCUGCCCGCCAGUGUACAGAUAGUCAAUAUGCGUCCCGGAACACCAUCGCAGGCACAGCAAAAAUCCGUCGCAGCUAUACCGCCGCGAGUUGUUCUCGGGGGUACGCAAAUGCUGGGCGCCAGACCCGCCAAUUCAGCUAUAACUCUGAGUGCGCUACAGAACUUAAAUGCUGGACAAUCGGGUCCGGCUUUACUGCUAAAAACGGAAACUGGUCAGUAUCAAUUGUUACGCGUGGGACCAGCACCUGCGACCCCGGUGACGCCCACAUUGGGCGCCACGGCGGCAUCUGCCAAUCAAACGAUUCGCUUGCAAACCGUCCCGGCUGUAAGUAGAUUCACUGGGCCACCAUUGGCACUCAGAAAGACAAUUGUAACACAACAACAGGUGAAACAGAAGCAGCAAAAUGUAAUUUUUCGACACAAUUCACUUUUUUUUUCAUAAAUAGUUCAAAUUUUUUUGCUCCUCUUUUUUUCUCUCGCCGUAUUUAGUUUUUUUUGAGAAUUAUUUUAUUUAUUUUCUUUGAAAAAAAAAAUUAAAUAUUUUUAAAAUAAAUUGUUGCUCUGAACGUAUUUUUUAAUUUUUGAAAAUAAAAAAAAACUGGAAUGAUGGAACUUUUGGUGCUUUCUCAAAACUAAUCUCUCUGUGUAGUUUGUUUUGGAAUAAUUUUCUAAAGCAGAAAGCAUCAAGAAAUUAUUUUUUUAUUUAGUUGCAUUUUAUUUAUUUUAUGAAAAAAUAAAAUUAUUGCUUUUGGUGGAAUAGAGUGUCGAAUGUUUUAUAUAAAAUGCAUUUUACGAUUAAAUGAAAAAAAUAUUAAAAUGUUGUAGAAGGAGGAAAGCUGUACUGGAAUGAGCUUCCUUUUGCUUUUAAUGUUUUUUUAAAAAUCAUUUAAAAUAUUGCCAAGAAAUGCAUGAAUGUUUAGAAAAAAUCAAAUACAUGGGAUUCCCUACACAACGAACAUAUUAAUUUCCUUAUUCUAUAAAUGAUUUAUUUCAUCAAAAAUAUUCGUGAAAUUCAGCAGAUCGAGUAAAAAUUUGAAACAAAAA